GGAUUCUGAUUCUGAUAAAGUCUUAAAACCUCGACUCUGAGACUUCCUAAGACGCAGUUACAACGAUCUUCAACAAGAAGAAGAGAAAAAUACUUUAAUUAAUCCAUACGAGAUGGAAAAACCAAGACAGAAGAGCGGAGGGUUGACCCCAAAACCCACCGACCCAAAUAAAUCCAAGGACUGCAGUAGGUAGGUGAUGGAUUGGUUUGAUAAAGGAUUUAAAAGUGGCCCGUUUCUGCUCUCUCGUCAACUCCGCUGUGAGGCAGUCCAUAUGGGGAAUGAAAGAGGGCUGUGGAAGGGUGUCUAAGAGGGUAAGGAUUUCAUUACAGUACUUAGCUUUGACAGGCUGUAAGCGGGGAAAAAUAUGUUGUUUUCCAAACAUGGUUCGGGGAGGGGUGAAGUUAGGGAGAGAGGGGGAGAGAGAUAAAAACUCAAGUGUUGGACGCUGUGUUUACAAAGUGUGGGAGAGACUGAAGAGAGUGCUGACUGUACAAUUAGUAGCUAACUUGUCAUUUCAACAUCAGUGCUACUGUAUAUCAGAGCAGUUGAAGUAAAAUAAUCGUAUCUCAGAUUUUUAUGGAACCUUCAGGCACAAAUCACAAAGAUGAGAAGGACACUGCUUUCAUGAAAGUAGAGGAGGAGGAGAAGGAGAAAGAUGAGGAAGACGAAGAGGAGGAAGAUGAAGAUGAGGAGGAGGAGGAAGACGAUAGCGAGACAACAGUGAUAGACGGUGAAGAGGAAUCAGAUGACAAAGCCAAGGAGACUGAACCCCAGCAGCAGGAGAAGCAGGCCUGGGCCCCCACUACCUACUCCAAGUUUGGUAAAGAGGUGUUCUGCUACGUAGGACAGGAGAUCAGCAUCUUUGAGGCCUUGGACUCUUACGGUGCUGUCAUCUGGCCAGCGGCGUUGGCUCUGUGUCACUACCUAGAGAUCAACGUUGAGCAGGUGAACCUGGUGGAAAAGGCCGUGCUGGAGCUAGGAGCAGGCCCUGGCCUAGUGUCUAUUGUAGCCACACUCCUAGGUGCCUGGGUCACAGCUACAGACCUACCAGAGAUCAUAGGUAACCUGAGAGCCAACCUACUCCGUAACACCAGAGGGCGCUGUAGGUACACUCCCCAAGCUGCAGCUCUGUCCUGGGGUCCUGAGGUGGAACGCACCUACCCCAGAUCCGUCUAUCGCUAUGACUACGUGCUGGCGGCUGACCUGGUGUAUCACCAUGACUACCUGGAAGAGCUGCUGUUCACCAUGAGAUACUUCUGCCGGCCAGGAACCACUCUGAUCUGGGCCAACAAGGUCCGUUUCCCCUCAGACCUGGUAUUCACUGAGGACUUCAAGAACACCUUCAACACCACCCUGCUGGCUGAGAUGGGAGAGGUUAAGAUCUUCAAGGCCACGUGUAGAGAGACAGAGGAACACCUUCAACACCACCCUGCUGGCUGAGAUGGGAGAGGUUUAUGCCCAUGUGUAAAAAGGUAGGGAUUAGGGAAGACAAAGGAAUAGGGGACAUCCUGCAGACUAUGCCAAAUGUAACCAAGACUUCCUGUCCCUUCUUCCUCUGAGAAAUGCUUGAAGACAGAAGACGGCCAUCUUGGCUGAUGAUAAUGGACGUUGAUGGACUACUGAUGAUGUCAGUUGUUGAUGUUUGAUGUUCUACUUACUACUUACCUGCUAUAUGUAGUACUUUAUUGUUUACUUAGUUGUUACAUGUAGUUUGUAUUGAUAAUAUUAUUAAUGUAUUUACUUUGCUGUCUUGUUCCAUUUUGUAUUAAAAUAUAAUUUGUUAUGGA